GUCCCAAAUCAAACCAGCAAGCAAGCAACGAAUGAGAAAGGAAAAAAAUAAAAAAGUUACUCAAAGAGGCGCAAGAUAAACGGUGCAAAAGUCUAAGACCAGUCUGCCAUAUUUACUUUCCGGCAGAUAAAUUUCCAUCAAGGGUUUGCUCUGAAUCAGCUUCAAUUGGUAAAAAAUCUUUGCUCUGAAUCAGCUUCAAUUGGUUCAUUGUGUAAGAUUCCCAAGUAUCAGGUGCAAUCCGGAGCAAGUGAAUUUUGAGGAGGUUAGUGAAUUUUGGAGUGAUGAGUGGUGUUCCGAAGAGAUCUCACGAAGAGGGUGUUACUCAUCCAUCAUCUUCAUCAGCAAAAUACCCUCACGAGGAUUCAGGAUCUUACCCUAAAUCCACGCAUGCGCCUGUAACUCCACCACCGGCUCAGAUUCAUCAGCAACACCACCACCAUCAACAACCUCAUCAGCAUCUCCAGUCUCAAUCUCAAUCUCACCUUCUCACGCUUCCUCAUUCCCAUUCUCAUCCACCACUUGCUGCUGCUUCUGCUUCUGCGUAUGAGGUCGGAUCGGUUAAGGGUCCGAGAAGUGAGCCUAGAGAUGGAGAGAGACGCUCUCCGCUGCAACUCGUGUAUCGGUCUCCAUCGCUGCCAGCGACGGUUUCUUCUAGUGAUCCCCAUUUGGCACACACUCCUGUGCUCUUGGACCAGAGAGAUGGUACUAAGGAUGUCAGGGAAACUAGGGUUGAGAAUAGAGAAAACAGGAGUGAUGGGAGAGAGAUUCAGGGUCCUAAGAGUGAUAGGGAUGCCAAGUUUGAGAGACUAGGCGAUGAUUUUAGUGGAAAAGGUAAUACCGGAAGCUAUGCUAGGAAUGAUGGGAGAGAGACAUAUGGUGAGGGGAAAAGGGAGAUUCAAGUUCCUAAGAGUGAUAGGGACGCUAAGCCUGAGCGUCUAGGCGAUGAUUUUAGUGGAAAGAGUAGUACUGGAAGCUAUACUAGGGAUACAAAGUUUGAUAGGGAGAGUCAGAUUUACAAUGAAAAAAAUGCUGAGAUUAAGAUGGAAAAGGACGGGCAUGCUCACUCGGCUUGGAAAGACCAGAAGGAUUACCAUAGAGGGAAGAGAGCUGAAGGUUCGAGCGCAAAUGUGGAUCCGUGGGUUGCAUCCCGUGGUAAUUCUCAAGGCUCAACUGAGGCCGGAGUAAAAGAUUUCUCGACGCCUGUGGAGGGAGCACAUUUAGAUGGGCGUGAGACCGUUGGAGAAAACAAGGUUGAUCCGAAAAGCGAAGAUAGAUUUAAGGACAAAGACAAGAAAAGAAAAGACUUGAAGCAUCGAGAAUGGGGAGACCGAGACAAGGAUAGGAAUGACCGCAGAGGAUCCCUGCUUGUUGGCAGUGUCGUGAGCGAACCCAAAGAGAUUGGAAGAGAAGAAAGAGAAACCGAUAGGUGGGAACGAGAGAGGAUGGAGCAGAAAGAUCGAGAGAGGAAUAAGGAGAAAGAGAAAGAUCAUGUAAAGAGAGAGCCACGUACUGAGAAAGAGGUAUUGCAGAACGAGAAAGAGUUGGGAGAAGGACCUACCAAACCUGCAGAACAGGAAUAUGUGGCACCAGAGCAGAAGAAGCUGAAUGAACCGGAGGGUUGGGAAAAAGAUGAAAGAGAAUCAAAGGAUAAAAGGAGAGAGAGGGAUGGUGAUUCCGAAACAGAAAGAGCUGAAAAGCGCAGCAGAAUCAGUGAAAAAGAAUCUGAAGAUGGGUGUUUGGAGGGUGAAGGAGCUGCGGAGAGGGAAAAAGACGCCUUUAAUUAUGGAGUUCAGCAACGGAAGAGGAUGCUGAGACCUAGAGGCAGUCCACAAACCACAAACCGCGACCGUGUCCGUUCACGGAGUCAGGAGAACGAAGGGGUACAAGAUUCAGGCAAGUCAGAGGUGUCGAUUGUUGUUUACAAAGUUGGGGAAUGUAUGCAAGAACUGAUAAAGUUGUGGAAGGAAUAUGAAGCUUCUCAGCCUGACAAAAGUGGCGAUUUUGCAAGUAAUGGCCCCACUCUUGAAGUUCGGAUUCCAGCUGAGCAUGUAACUGCUACUAAUCGCCAAGUAAGAGGUGGCCAGCUAUGGGGAACAGAUAUAUACACAGAUGAUUCCGAUCUUGUUGCUGUUCUCAUGCAUACAGGUUACUGUCGUCCCACAGCUUCACCUCCUCCACCGACUAUGCAAGAGUUGCGCACAACCAUCAGAGUCUUACCGUCACAAGAUUACUAUACCUCCAAGCUGAGGAACAAUGUCCGCUCUCGAGCAUGGGGAGCUGGAAUCGGAUGCAGUUACAGAGUUGAGCGGUGCUAUAUACUCAAGAAAGGAGGUGGUACUAUUGAACUCGAACCCUCUCUUACACAUUCCUCAACUGUUGAGCCAACACUUGCACCAAUGGCGGUUGAGAGAUCUAUGACCACCAGAGCUGCAGCUUCGAAUGCUCUGCGGCAACAAAGGUUUGUUCGAGAAGUAACAAUACAAUACAACCUCUGCAAUGAACCUUGGAUCAAAUAUAGCAUAAGCAUUGUCGCAGAUAAGGGUCUCAAGAAGCCUCUUUUCACCUCUGCACGCUUGAAGAAAGGAGAAGUUUUGUACCUAGAAACACAUUCGUGCAGGUAUGAGCUCUGUUUUGCGGGUGAGAAGACUAUCAAAGCAAUCCAAGCCUCACAACAACACUCAUCCCAAGAAGCUAUGGAGAUCGACAACAAUAACAAGUCACAGAACCAUCUUCCUCAUCUAACAAACGGUGACAAAACAGAUUCAGACAACAGUUUAAUCGAUGUAUUCCGUUGGUCGCGCUGUAAGAAACCUCUCCCGCAGAAGCUUAUGCGGUCUAUCGGGUUUCCACUCCCACCAGAUCAUAUCGAGGUGUUGGCGGAGAAUCUUGAUUGGGAAGAUGUACAGUGGUCUCAGACUGGUGUUUGGAUUGCUGGAAAAGAGUACACACUUGCUCGUGUCCAUUUCUUGUCUCCCAACUAGAAACAAUUCAUCGUUUACUCUUUUUUUCCCCUCUUACUUAUGAAAACGUUAAUUUGUCUCUCUUUAUUUUAUUUUUAUUUAUUACUAAAGAGAUACAGUUUCUUUGGCUUGUCUUGUCUUGUGUUCUUCUUUUUCUUGUUUUUCUUCUGUAAAAUAUAUUUAAUGUAUUCAAGUUAAAUGGUUUGAUUGUUGAUUUA